AUGACGAGUUAUCUCAAUGCUAGUGCCAGCAAUGGCUCUUCUCCAGCUUUGUCGCCAUUAUCCCCACCCACUCAGCGAUCCACCGCCCUGUCCAACCGAUUGACCUCCGUAUUAUCGGCAUCGUACGCCGACUCCGAUAUCCGCGACUCUCUCGAAACACUGAGUAUUCGAGGUGUUCACAAUUCCCCCGAGACUCGACGUCAGCUCCGACUUGAUGUUCAGAAGGAAGUGAUUGAUUGCAAUGCGGAAAUUGUCCGGGAUUUCGGGAAGGUUGCGGAGCAAUUAAAGCGGAUUGGCGGCGUGAUUAAGACGUUAAAUCAAACAUGCGAUGACAUGCGCAAGCAUAUCGGUCUAGCAAAGCAGGAGACCGCACCCGUGCUAGAUGAAGCUACAGCGUUGAUGACCCAUAAAAGAGACACCGAAACAAAACAGCAGUUGCUCGAUGCAUUCUCGAAACACUUCUUGGUUCCUGAAGAGGAACUAUUGGCUCUCACAUCAUCUGAGGAGCCUGUCGACGACCGCUUCUUCGAUAUACUUGCUCGCGUUAAACAAGUGCACCACGACUGUGAGCUCCUGCUGGGUGGGGAGAACCAGCGACUCGGCUUAGAAUUGAUGGAGCUGAGCACUCGACACCUCACUUCUGCUUAUCAGAAAUUAUAUCGAUGGAUUCAAAAAGAGUUUCAGUCUCUGAAUCUGGAAGACCCGCGAAUCAGCAGCUCCAUCCGUCGUGCCUUGAGAGUGCUGGCAGAGAGGCCAAGUCUGUUCCACAAUUGUCUUGACUUCUUUGCAGAGGCCCGUGAGUACGUUCUUUCUGAUGCAUUUCACUAUGCCUUGACAGAUGCGGUCUCCGGCCCUGGUGCUGGUGCCGGGGAUCACACUGUCAAGCCUAUCGAAUUCUCGGCGCACGAUCCGCUGCGGUACAUUGGUGAUAUGCUUGCCUGGGUACAUUCCACCACUGUAUCGGAGCGGGAAGCUCUCGAGGCACUUUUCGUUUCCGAUGGCGAGGAACUCGCUCAGGGCUUCCAGGCUGGACUGGUCAGUGAGCCCUGGUUCCGGAUUGAUGAGAAUGAAGAAGUUGCGUUUGAUGGCCAUAAGGCACUCAGUGACCUGGUAAAUCGGGAUCUCUCUGGGGUUUCGCGAUCGCUUCAGCAGAGAGUCGAACUAGUCAUUCAGGGCCACGACGAUCCGGUGACCUGCUACAAGGUGUUCAAUUUACUUUCCUUCUACCGCACGACCUUUUCUAAAUUGGUUGGUCCUAAGUCCGAGCUAGUGGAAUUGAUGCAGACGCUUGAGAAGUUUACAUUUGGCAAAUUCGAGACCUUGAUGCGUGACCAGGUUACUGCGCUUUCGAGUGAUAAUCUAGCUUUGACCCCACCAGCGGAUCUGUCUCCUCCCGAGUUCCUGCUGGAUGCACUGGAUAGCUUGGUUUCUCUCCUGAAAACGUACGAGGCCUCAGUCGGAUCCGAAGAUUCGGAAGAGUCUAGCGGCGAGAACGGAUUCACACCCGUCCUCCAUGUGGCGCUUGACCCGUUUUUGACACUGGCUCGAUCCUCAUCCGAUGAACUCAAGGAUGCCACUACCAAAACCAUCUACCGCACCAACAUUCUUCUCGUGGCACGCGCAGCUAUCGCCCCAUUUACAUUUGCUAGUGCCACGCAUAACAACCCUAUAUCGACAGCUUUAUCUACCUUACGUACGAACCUCCUUGAUCAUCAGCACCAAUUCCUUUUGGAAACAUCGGGAUUGCAAGUCCUUUUGGAGGCUUUGGAGCCAUUUUCAAAAACACUCACAGAAUCAGAGUCAGAUGCCAACAAGCCAGAUCAGCAGAAGCCCCAACUUGCAGAUCUCACUAGUCUCCCUGCUUUCCAGCCUACAUCGCUAAUCACGUCCAGUCAGAAGCUGGAUGAUUUCCUCCCUUCUGCCCUCAUGGAUGCCACGGACCAUAUCAAGCGGGUCCAGAGCGCCUCUCUCAUUCAGAGCGUGACUGAGGAUGCGAUUGAAGCAUUCUGCUGUGACUUUGAGUUCGUCGAGGGUAUGAUCAUCGCGGCAGACGAAGCUAGAGGAAUGACCCAGAACUUGGGUACGGCAGAGAGUGUGCUCAGUGGCAGAUCACGCAGGACUGAUGACGAGGCUCAGAAGGAAGAUCAGUGGAGCCUACGCACCUUAUUCCCCCGAACUACGGGAGAGAUACGGGUGUUGUUGAGUUGA